AUGGCUUUCAUUCUUCUUGCUAUCAAUCAAUUCCAGCUUUACAACUUCUGGCAUUACCAUAUCAUCCAAAACUAUUUGAGUUUGAAUAUUGUCGCGCGUUCAAUCAUGUCAUUCCCAUAUAAGCAUGUUCUCCUCAUCGGCGCGACUUCAGGUAUCGGAAGGGCAAUGGCUGAUCUCUUUCUUUCUCAAGAGAUCUGCGUCACAGCCGUAGGUCGCCGUCAAGACCGUCUCGAUGAUUUCGUCUCCAAGCAUACCACUGGCAAGGCUACCAGCAUCACCUUCGAUGUCGCCAAUAUCUCUGGAAUCCCUAACUUUAUCAAAAAUGCUCUCCAACAACAUCCAACCAUCGAUGCAAUCUUCCUCAAUGCCGGUGUCCAAUCCCGCUUCUUCUUCAACAACCCAUCAUCGGUCGACCUAUCCAACUUUGAUAAGGAAUUCUUGGUCAACUUUACAUCGGUUGUCCAUAUGACACACGCUAUACUACCCCAUCUUCUGGCUCGCGACACCCCAACAGCGCUUAUCUAUACCGGCUCACACGUGAGCUUGAUUCCGGCGCCUCCAAUGCCAGCGUAUUGCGCUUCUAAGGCGGCAUUGGAGUCGUUCAUGACGUCGGUACGCGUCCAGCUGGAAUGCACAAACGUGAGUGUGAUACAUCUCUCUCCGGGCCCCGUACAAACGGAGAUCCACCACAAGGAGAUGGGAGAGGCCAGGGGAAAGGGAUUUGGCAUGCCACUUGAGGUCUACACGAAAGCGACAUGGGAGAAAAUGCAAAAGGGUGAUAAGAAUGUAUUUGUCGGCCCUGUGGGAGGCAGUAGCGAGGAACAGUUGGCGGAGAUUGUGGAGAAAAGAGAAGCUGCCAUUGGUAGGAUGGUGGAGCUCAUAAAGAGGAUGAUGGGUUGA